AUAUUUAUUUACUUCAAAAAUUUAUAGGAGAUUCAUUAUUAUUUUUCUAAGGAAAAAAAAAUUAGUCAAAGAGUCGGACACCCCAACAUGUGCCAGAUGCCAAAGCAACGGUCCAGAUGAAGGAGCACUAACAAAAUCCAAGGGCUGCCAAUUCAUCCGUACAAACUCUCACUUAUCGACUAGCAACGGUUCAAACAGCUCCACGUGUCCAAAAGAUAAACGUUAUUAACCCUUCUGAUCCAACGGACCCUGCUCAUUACCUCCCAAAAAUACAAACUCCUACCGUUCCGUUUCACCCAAUUCCCUCGCCGGAGACGCCGUCAUCCACCGCUAGCAACACUCCAAACGCCAAAUUCGAGUUCCACAGAAAAUCACACGUUCAUUGACUUCACCUUUCAAAACAGCGCUUCAGUUUCACGCGGAAACUGAGUCAAACCGAUUCUUUUCGCGCUUCUGACUCGUUAUUAUCACCGAAGUCAAAUUCUCAAAUUCGAAUUCAUUUUGAUCAAAUUAUCGAAAUCAAAUUCAAAAUUCAAAUUCUGACGUGUUUCUUCCAUAUAAAGUGCUUUGAUUUCGCGUUGAACCGAGUCAAACUGAUCCGAGUUGAGUUCGUUACUCGCUCCAAUCUUCAGGUGAAUCGAACCUAACUGAACUGUCGGAAAUUCAACGAUGGCGGACUCUGACAACGAUUCCGGCGGUCCACACGGCGGAUCGAACGCUCACGGCAGCGAGAUGUCACCAAGAGAACAAGACCGAUUCCUUCCGAUAGCGAACGUAAGCAGGAUCAUGAAAAAAGCACUUCCAGCGAACGCGAAGAUCUCAAAAGACGCAAAGGAAACAGUUCAGGAGUGUGUUUCAGAGUUCAUCAGCUUCAUCACCGGCGAAGCUUCCGACAAGUGUCAACGUGAGAAGCGUAAGACAAUCAACGGUGACGAUUUGCUUUGGGCGAUGACGACGCUUGGAUUUGAGGAAUACGUGGAGCCUCUUAAGGGUUACCUUCAACGGUUUAGGGAGAUGGAAGGUGAAAAAACUGUGGUGGCGCGUGACAAGGACGCGCCUCAAGGUUCUAAUAGUGUUAACAAUAGUUCCUUUGAGAGUGGUAGUUAUGGUGGUGGAAUCAUGAUGCAUCAAGGACACGUGUACGGUUCUGGUGGGUUUCAAGUUAUUGGUAAGGGUGGGCCUGGUUAUCCUGGGCCUGGAUCUAAUCCUGGUAGGCCCAGAUAGACAUUUAUUUAAGGAGUUUCUUUUCCCGCCCUCCAUUUACACGAGAUGGAUAAAUCCGAAGAAAAAAGAAAACACACUAUUUUUUUUUUCUUUUUCGAAAAAGAAAAUAGUGGUGGUUUUUUCCAUUUGGAAGUGUACUUCUAAAUGGCUGUGAUUUUUAAGAAAUCUUAGGCGGUAAAAGUAACUCCCUUUAUUUAGGGAGAAACUUUUCCCACUUUAAAUCACAUCGGAUGUACACAUCAUAAAAAAAUACAAUUUUUGUGUUCACCAGACAUGUAGACAAAUGAUGAUUUUUUGUGUUGUCUGAAUGUAUACUUUCACAAUUAUGUGUGAUUUUCUAAAAAUGGGUGUAUAAAGUUUCAGGUGGAAGAAAGUUGCUCCUUUGAUUUAUGUGUAUGGUGUGACAAGGUUUAGUUAUUCAUAUAUUGUUAUUAGUUGAUUAAUAAUGAUACAGGUUGGUUUGGGGAAUGUAUUAUGAUAUUAUUUGGAGAUUAUUAGCAUUAUGUACAGUAAGUCACACUCAUAAGUCAACUAUAAUUUUGACUGUUGUAGUGUUGUACAACAGAAAUAGUGUUUGGUAUUGUAACACAUUUACUUUGGUCUAAUCUUUUUCUAUGUAAUGAACUUCAGUUGAAUUUUUAGGUUUUCUAUAAGUGGAAGUAAUGUUGAAACUUGAGACUCAUAUGGCAGUGUUUGUUAUAUGAAAGAUAAGAGACUAGCAAUGUUUGUUUCCA